CCGGGUCGAAUAUUGGUUAGUCCAAAACCUGUUAUAGUACACAAUCUGAAUUCUGAAACGGAGAUUACACAAAAUCAUAGGAAAAAAAGUCAAAAAGUUAACUACAGUUAUGGGACUCUCAGCUUCUAAGCGAGUAACUCGUUCACUCCAAAACUCGUCCGAGUUCAACUUGGCAUGUGACUCAGUCUACGACGAUUGUCUCUCCCUAUCACAGCACGCCUUCCCCGGAGUCAAACCCUACCAGCUCUUCUCCGCUUCGGAACGCCUCCACGCUUCUCUCUAUCUCUCCGUGCCUCUCAUAACCAACUGGGUCAAAUCGCCUCCGACCCGAUUACAAGUAGAUAAGGCAUUUAAAGUCGUCUCCACGCGCCGGUCCGGCGAAGAGAAAGAGAGCGAAAUUGUGCUUGGGACUACUGAGUUUAAGGAGUUUGCGGUGGAGGUAUUUGCAGACGCUGUCGUUUCGUGUGCAGGGAAAGAGCUGUUGAAGCGGUUCCCGGUAGGUGCUAUUGGGAUUGUUGGUGUGGGUGCGGUGGUGAAGCCCGGGAAAGAAUUGGUUGCGGCGGCAAUUGGUGCUUACGCGCUUGGUGUUGCCACUUCGGUAUACGUCAGCUUGGCUUGAUAAAAUCUCACUAUUUUCAUUUUCUUUUUUGCUAGUUGAAUCGACAGAAUCUAUGUUUUCUUUUCACAAAAGUUAAUAAAAGUUUUUUUUUCUUGUCUUCGUUUUAAGGAGAUGUCAAAAACUACUCUUGCCUUGAGGAUACAUAAAUAAGUUUUGUUAACAAAUUUGUUUGGAGCCUGGUUUGAUAUCGAA